AUGAAGUCCUUUGCUGUCAUGACCGUCGCCUUUUUGGGCCUCGCCAACGCUGUCGUAAUUCAGAUCUGCAGGGACCAGAGUCAGGGAAACUGUCAGUCGAUUGAUGUUGUUGGGUGCACCAACUUUCCCGGGGGGAUGAACGAUCAAGUCAGCUCGGUUAACACCGGCAACAUUGAGUGUGUCUUCUUCGAGCACGGAAGCUGUGGAGGUGGUUCUUGGACCACCAGGGGACAGCAGAACACGGUUCCCACCGAGUGGAAUGAUCGUUUCAGCUCCGUCCGAUGCUGA